AUUGAGUUUUAGCUAUGGCUUCGUUUUUUUCUAGCUUAAUGAUUAGUUUGGGCUUGUUGGUCCUAGUUUUGGGGAGUGGCAAUGCAACACUUUCCACAAACUUCUACUACAGCUCUUGCCCUAAACUUCUUGACACUGUGAAAUGUACGGUGGAAUCCGCUAUAUCAAAGGAGACACGCAUGGGUGCUUCUCUCCUACGUUUGUUCUUCCACGAUUGCUUUGUCAAUGGAUGUGAUGGAUCGAUUCUACUUGAUGACACAUCAAAAUUCGCCGGAGAGAAGAACGCAAAGCCAAAUAGAAACUCUGCACGUGGAUUUGAAGUGAUCGACCAAAUCAAGUCAGCAGUAGAGGCAGUGUGCCCAGGUGUUGUUUCCUGUGCCGAUGUCCUUGCUAUCGCUGCCAAAGACUCUGUUGAGAUUCUUGGAGGCCCAACUUGGAAUGUGAAACUUGGAAGAAGAGACGCUAGGACUGCGAGCCUAUCUGCUGCCAACAACGGCAUCCCACCACCCACUUCAAACCUCAAUCAGCUCAUCUCCAGGUUCUCUGCACUUGGACUUUCGACCAAAGACUUGGUCGCAUUGAGCUGGGCUCACACAAUUGGACAAGCAAGGUGCACCACCUUUAGAUCCCGCAUCUACAAUGAGACUAACAUAGACACUUCCUUUGCUCUCAACACAAGGCAACCAAAGUGCCCAAAGGCAUCAGGGUCAGGGGACAACAACCUCGCACCACUUGAUCUGAAGACGCCCACAUCGUUCGACAACCACUACUUCAACAAUCUUGUUGACAAGAAGGGGCUCCUCCACUCCGACCAACAACUCUUCAAUGGUGGAUCCACUGACUCCAUCGUUCGCGGCUAUACCACUGAGCCGGCCUCCUUUUACUCUGAUUUUGUCACUGCCAUGAUCAAGAUGGGUGACAUCAGUCCUCUCACUGGAUCUCAAGGAGAAGUUAGAAAGAACUGCAGGAGUGUGAAUUAACUUUUAUAAAAGACAUAUAUAUUUUAAUGCAUUUAGAAUAAGUUUGUUCUUGCUUUGUCUUAUGGUAGUAGUUGUGUACUACCUACUAUGUCUUGUAUCUCGUUAUUUUUGCUUCCAAAGUCUGAAUAUUUGAAGUUGAAAUGCAAAGA